GUGAGAGAUUUAGAGAGAGAGAGAGAAGAGAGAAACGUUUAUGUAUUCUGUGUGAGUGAGUCAGUUUAUUCAGUUAAAUAUUUUUAUGUAGAAGAGAUAAGAAAAGAAAAAAAAAAAAAAACAGUUUUAACUGACAAUGAUAACGGACCAGGAGAUAGCUAAAGGUGUGGAGACACUGCUCCGACAGUCCGACCCCAACGCCGUCACUUCCUUAAACUGUAUCGUGCAGCAGCUGGAGGCUAAGCUAGGUUUAGACUUGUCGCACAAAGCCGGGUUCAUCAGAGACCAGAUCAGCCUCCUCCUCCGGGCUCACCCGACAACGCAAGUAGUAACCACCCAACAACUUCAACCACAACAGCAACAAACUUUGUCGAAAGACCAUUUUGCCCUUCCACAUCACCCCCAAUUCUCUCUACCGCCACAGCAAUUUUCUCCCCAUUUUGCCCUCCACCCUCACCACCACCCCCAGCUCCCUCAGGAGCUCAACUUUCACCAGCCUCACCCAUCCCCUUCCCCGGCUCCUCCGCAGCAGACGCAGCAGCUCCGGCCGCAUUCCAAUGUCGUGAAACCUGAGGGGUUUUCCCAAAUUCCGGCUGAAGUUCCUAAAGAAAGUGCCCCUGUUGGAGCCAAAAGAAGAGGUGGGCCAGGUGGCUUGAACAAAGUUUGUGGUGUUUCACCUGAGCUUCAGGCCAUUGUUGGUGAGCCAGCUUUGCCGAGGACUGAGAUUGUGAAGCAGUUGUGGGCAUACAUAAGGAAGAACAACCUCCAAGACCCGAGUAACAAGAGAAAGAUCAUUUGUGAUGACGCGUUGCGUGUGGUUUUUGAGACUGACUGCACUGACAUGUUCAAGAUGAAUAAGUUACUUGCUAAACAUAUAAUUGCGCUUGAACCCACAAAGGAGGCUAGUCAAGCUAAACGGUUCAAGGUAGACACUCAGUCCACAACUGAAAGUACUGAAUCUGUUCCAUCUCCUGUAAUAAUAUCUGAAGCACUGGCCAAGUUUUUUGGUACUGGAGGAAGGGAGAUGCUUCAAGCAGAAGCAAGCAAACGUGUCUGGGAGUACAUAAAGGUUAACCAACUUGAGGAUCCUCUAAAUUCAAUGGUGAUACUAUGUGAUGCAAAUCUGCGUGAGCUUCUUGGAUGUGAGAGCAUCUCAGCAUUGGGGAUAAAUGAGAUGUUAGCACGCAAGCACUUUUUCAGGCAGUCAUGAUUGACUUUUUGACUGGUGCAUGGGACCUUGUCAUCCUGUCACUUCUGAUGGUAGAACAGAUAGUGAAGACUUUUCUUUUUCUCCUUUGUGCAUUGACAUGGUUAGAUAAAUGAUGUUUUACACUACUUGUUUAUUUGUGAUUAGAAUGAGACUGUACCACGGGCAAUGGUGAGGAUAUGUUGUAGUUAAGCUGUUGCCCUUGGGUUUAGGUUUCCAUGCUAACCUAAAAAUAUAGACUGAACGAAACCAGAUUGUAAUGAUAAAAUCCUUGUUAUCUUUUCGGAAGUAGCAAUCCGAGUAUCUCAUUGCUUGGUUAAGUCCAUGCUGCAGUUUGCAUUUCCAACAUUGCCCCCAGCCAAUGAACCUCAAAAGAAUUUAGACUAACAUAGGAUAACAUUCUUAGUAACAGUCAAAUUAAGUUAUUGAUUCUCUGAGCAAAGCAGGUAUAUAGGUCAGCGUCGAACGCAACCAUGGAAGCUGCAAAGGUGAUUUGUGAGAGAGAUUAUUUAAAGUUUAAACUUAUGAAGAUGUUUGGUGAGCAGGUGCACUGUCUUUUUCCUAAUCUCAACUUUUUUGUUGUUGACUUCUGAAGGCUAUUUCGGUUGCAAGUAAUCUUGUAAUUGAAGUAAGAAACCUCUCUUGCUGAUUUGUGCGAUUAUGA